AUCCCUCCGCCCGCCGCACAAAAAAUAGUCCUUACCCCGUCCCCGCUCCCGUUAAUUCCCCCCCACCCGCUCCCGCCGCUCUCCGCCCGCUCCGGUGCCUCGGGGUGGAGGCGCUGCGAGCCCUCCUCGGGUGUUCCCGCGGGGACCGGAGCGGCGGCGGCGGCGCUUCCGGGCGGAGGAGCGGAGGGGAGCGGAGGGAUAUAAGGACAGCGGUGCUGCGCCCGCGCCUCUUCCGGUUCUCCCUCAGAGCCGCCAUGACCAAGAAGAGGAGGAACAACGGGCGUGCCAAGAAGGGCCGCGGGCACGUGCAGCCCAUCCGCUGCACCAACUGCGCCCGCUGCGUGCCCAAGGACAAGGCCAUCAAGAAAUUCGUCAUCAGGAACAUCGUGGAGGCUGCUGCUGUCAGGGACAUCUCCGAGGCCAGCGUCUUCGACUCCUACGUGCUGCCCAAGCUCUACGUGAAGCUGCAUUACUGCGUCAGCUGCGCCAUCCACAGCAAGGUGGUUCGGAACCGCUCCCGCGAGGCCCGCAAGGACCGCACGCCCCCGCCCCGCUUCCGCCCCGCCGGAGCAGCCCCCCGGCCCCCCCCCAAGCCCAUGUGAGGAGCCCCCGGCCCCGCGGGACCCCCAGAGCAGAGUCAAUAAAGGAUCUGCCCCGA